AUGGCUAUUUCUGCGAACCCCCGACCCCGUCUUCCUCGCAGAGGCUUGUUUGCUGCUCGGUCUACCUCCUUUGCUCGCCCUAGGCCUCUGUCUUCAUCCCGGCCUGGCGCUCCUAUUCAUCCCCGACCUGUCGCUACUGUUCAUCCCCAGGCCGCGCCUACAGCCCGACCUUCUGCCUCGACGCAAUCAACUAAUCCUCCCCGACCGACGUAUAGCCCUGGUCGCGGUCGCGGUCGAAGAUCUGCCAAUGUAACUUACGCCAGCCCUGCCUUUAGAGAAGCCUCUCAGGCGGCUCAACGGGCCCGUUCUCUAAAUAACCGCUCGAGUCGUGAUGCCCCCUCUUCUGCUAGACGCAGGUUUCGACUACCUUCAGAAGAUUCUGACUCGGACGAUCAGCCCUUGGCUCAGAGACUUCGCCGUAGAGCCCCCGAUCCUAGCCAAGACUCGGGCACUUCCGCUGUUCCUCCUCCUCCGCCUCCUGUUACAACCUCGACUCCUGCCCCGAUCCAGGCAGAUGCUUCCCCUGCUAUGGCCGAGGUUCAGGUCGAGCCUCCGCUAGCUCAACCCUCCACUUCACAACAGCCUCAGAGCACUGAAGCUGGCUCCUCACAUCGCCCUUCACCAGCUACCUCAUCUCCAGAUCCUUCUCCUGUGCCCCCUUCAGCUCCUUCUGGGUCAGCUGCUGGGCCUUCCCAACCACCACCACCACCUGUUCCUCUCUCUUAUCGUACCACUGCUCCUUCUGAGGCUGAGUUACAGUCACGACAAGAUGUUCCCACCAGCUCCUUGACAAUGAAAGGUCAUUUGGCCACUUUGUGGGAAGAAAGUAUGCAUCAUAUGGAACUCUUGUCGCCCCCUGCCCAGAUGGAUAGAUUCUCUGAGCUGUAUAUCAAGUCCUUCCAUGCUGUUCAUCAUCAAAAUAAGGUGCUGCGAGACAUGGUAACAGAAUUGGAACUUCAAUUGAAGGACCCUGCGCAGGCUAGUCAUGCCCUGAGAGCCGAAAUAAAGGAUCUGACCAAAAGGAAGACCUAUCUGGAAGUAUCCUUGGCGCGGGCUAACCAUAAGCUCAAGGGCCUUCGAGAAGAAAAAAGUCAGGUUGAUGUCGUGCACCAACAAAACAUGGAUCAACAAGCUUUGGAGCAUCAGCGAGCUAUUGACCAAUUGACCCAGAAGCUGCAUGCUGCCGAAACUUUAGCACAGGAGCAGGACAAGAAACUAAAAUCCCAAGCGGCCCAAUUAACGUCUCAGGGGGUAGAACUUCUAGCAACCCGGACUGAAUUCGCUCAGGCCCGUGCUACAGCUGAAGGAGUAUCUACAGCCUUGAUUGUUUAUAAGGAAGGGGAGAAUGAUCGCUGCAGAUAG